AUGAAGAAAGACACAGUCGUUGCUUUUUCAAAGUCCACUGCUGAUCCGACAACAACAACAAUGAAGGAUUCCACGCACACACACCAUACAAUCAUGUUGUACAACGAUGUACCAACCACAAGCACAACGACUACAACCACCACAACGCCAUCACCACAACGAGCCUCUUCCAAACCGAUUUUGAUUCAGAACAAGAUGAAAAAGAAAUCAUCACCAAUGAAUUCAUCUUCACUUCCAAACAGUACCAGCAGUUUGAAAAAUCAUAAAAUUGCGAAAAGUGAUCAAAUGAUUAAUUCCGAUCAUCCCACAACAAAUUCAGAAAGCACAAAUAAUCCUGCCCACACUAACAAGAAUAUCAAGUACGGAAAGUCAAAUACAUACAGCGUUGCUAAUACUCAACAAUUUGUAGAUUCUAGAUCAAGAGCCAAGUCGUUCCAAAACUCACUUUCAACAAACAAGUCCAUACCUCUCACUAACGAAUCGAAACGUGGUAAGCCUGUUGACAACAUGGUAUUUUUAAACGAGCAUUCCCUUCAAAAUUCUCCAUUAAUCAUUGAAGAUGAAAAACAAAACCUAGUCACUCCCUCUCCAAUUUCAAACACAUCACCUAAUUCAUCUCCAAUAGAUCAAAAGAUCUCCUCCCCUACCCAGAAAAAGCUUCAAAGACUGAAAAAUAAUCAAUACAGUACAAGUGCACCAAGCUCAUGCUUACAUGCCAGCGCGUCCAGUGCUUGCAAAGAUCAGGAAUCACUCGACCUUGUAUUAGAUGACCUCUGUACGAGAUUUAUUAUUAACUGCCCUUAUAUGCAUGAUUAUGGACCCUCAGGUUUUGAGAGAUUAUUUUUCCAACUUGAAGAAGCAUUUUGGUUUUAUAGUGACUUUUUCAGACAACAAAAGUCUCUACCAAAGUUUAAGUUUGUUGAAUUUUGUGAAAAAAUGUUGUCUAGACAUUCACACAUAGUAAUAGAUCUUCAACGUUUUACUCGUGACACAUUUCCAAGUGCUGACAGCUCGAUAGACUUGGAUGUUAAUACUCUGGUUCAAAAGUUCCUAAAUUACAAAACAUCUGUUCCAGUAUACGGUUGUAUCUUACUAAACGAGACAAUGGACAAGGUUUUACUUGUUCAAGGAUACAAUACCAAAUCUUGGACCUUUCCUAAAGGGAAGAUCAAUCAAUAUGAGCGUGAAUCUCAUUGCGCAGCUCGAGAAGUUUAUGAAGAGUGCGGAUAUGAUCUUGGUGACAAAAUUUGUGAGUCUGAUUUUAUUGAGCUAGAACAAAACUAUGAAAAUAGUUUACCAGAGCACAAAGAUCAAUACAAACACUCAAAUCCCUAUACAAAACUAUUUAUUGUUACGGACAUUCCUGAAUCUACAAAUUUUGGAACUAAAACUAGAAAAGAAAUUUCGAAAAUUCAGUGGUUUCAAAUCGAUUAUUUAGUCGGAGUGUGCAAUGCAAAGCAUAGUACCUUGAGAACUUGGUUGGUAAAACCAUUUUUACCAAAGCUUAAAGCAUGGAUCAAGAAAAAGAAAGCAACAUCUUCUGGUUGCAAUACUCCCACGAAAAAACAAGCAAGACAACGUAGUUUAACGGCUCCAAGCAUUUCUGUAUCUACCGAGAAAAAAGCUAACGAAAUGAAUGGAACUUCUCCAUUGCUUUCUUUCGCAUUCAACACGGAAGAGAUUGUAGAAAACCACAAACAUUAA